AGUACGGAGCGUUCUUCUGCGAAUCCGAGUGUCAAGUGUUAGUUGUUUGUAUAAGAGAAAAUAUUCGGAGCAAAUCUGAAAAUUCGAUAGGAAAAGUCUCGGUCUGCACCUACUCCCUGGAAGUUUGCUUCAUUAAUCCGUUCUAUAAUUCCGAAUUUCGCGAGUCACCGCCAGCCAGCAAUUGAAAUACGUUGGGGUUUUCAUCAGCAGCAGCCUCCUCCUGUCAAUUACCAGAGCAUUAAGUAGUGUAUUAAAUUCGAUUUUUUGUUUGUGCGAUUUUCAAAGGUGUUCCAGAUUAAAGGAAAAAUCGUAAAGUGAAAACAGUAUAAAUAUCUGGAAACCGACUUAUUGCUGCCAGAUCGAAAAGAGCGAAAGACGGAAAAAGUGUUUACGUAAUUUUGCUGAAUUUUCGUUGUGUAAUGUGAAGAAUCGUUCUCGUGUGAGCAAACGAAGAGAAGGGCAGGCCAGUUUUAGCAAAUUAUUCAGCGUGUGGAGAAAGGAAAAGACGAGGAUACCGAUUUUGUGUAAGCGCCCGUGUAGUGGUGUAAGCCCUUUUUCUGAAAACUUGUCUCUUCCACCAACUUCCACGUCGCCGGUGUCUCCGAGACUUGUAGCGAGUUUUGAUCCAACGGACAGUCUAACUGACUGCGCGCACAGGACCUUUUCAGUGGUGGUGAUACGUUGCUUGUUGUGUAAUGGCGUUUUUGCGUUCGGUCACCCGGUGCAAUUGUUCGGUCUCGCGAAAGUUAUCGUCUCCGAUAUCACUAAUCACUGGACCGGUGUCUAGUUCCCAGCGAGGAUUACCUUUGAAUCAAGUCCUCGCUGCCGCAAGCUAUCAUGCUUCUUCGAUCUACAUAAACCAAGUGCUAGCAGGAGGACAAUUCUAUCAGCGCCGAUUCCGGUCCGUGACCGCGACAGCCAAUGCAGGAGGAAUUCAUGUUGCGAAGCAGCAACAUCAACAGCAGAAUGAUCCCAGUUCGCCACAGCGGGACCCGCUGGACGUUAGUUUCAACGAUCCGAAGGCCGCGUUUAAGAGUAAAACAACCUUCGAGCUGAUCCGGGCCUACUUUGUGUAUGUGUUGUGUUCGUCCGAGUUCCUGGUUGAGAACAACAUGAAGCUCAUGAAGCUGACGAAAGCCAUUAUCGGGGACAAACUGUUCAUCCAAUUGAUGAAGUCAACCUUCUACGGACACUUUGUCGCCGGAGAGGACAGAAUCCUGAUCGUGCCGACGCUUGAAAGAUUGCGAUCGUUCGGUGUUAAACCUAUCCUAGAUUACUCGGUCGAGGAGGAUCUGUCUCAGGAGGAGGCAGAGAAACGAGAAGUGGAGUCUUCGGUAUCGUCCACCGGAACGAACCUGUCUGGUGAAGCAACCGCUCUGCCCCAGUACAGUGUAGACAAAACGUUUGCCGAUCGACGCUACAAAGUACAAAGUGCCCGUACCUACUUCUACCUGAAUGAGGCUACCUGCGAGCGAAACAUGGAGACAUUCUUGGAAUGUUUAGAUGCAGUUAAAGGUGCAACAUUCGGUACCGGUAUUACGGCCAUUAAGUUAACAGCCCUCGGAAGGCCCCAGCUAUUGCUCCAACUUUCCGAAGUCAUUAUGCAGGCCCGUCGUUACAUGAACGAUUUGGCGGGUGCCGCCGGCAAUGUGCUGACACAUCACAAAACUAUUAAGGACUUGGAACGAUAUUUAGGUAAUGUGGCAGACAAGAAGGAAGUGAAAGCGUUCCUGGAGAAAGUAACCUCGGACAAAGAUGGAAUUUUGCAUCUAUUCCCAUGGACGGGAAUUAUUAAUGAAGACUGCGAGCUGAGUGAAACGUUCCGAGUGCCAGACCCAGUAACCGGACAGAUGCGUCGAUUGAUCUCACAAAUACCCCCCAAAGAGGAAGAAAUGUUCCGCAAUAUGAUAAGACGAUUGAACACUAUUGUUAAGGCCGCUCAAGAUCUAGACGUGCGCAUAAUGAUUGACGCAGAGCAGACGUACUUCCAGCCGGCAAUUUCACGCAUCACGCUGGAGAUGAUGCGAAAGUACAAUACAGAGAAAGCAAUUGUUUUCAAUACGUAUCAGUGCUACUUGAAGGAAACCUACAAGGAGGUUUGCACUGACUUACAGCAGGCCAAGCGGCAGAAUUUUUACUUUGGUGCUAAGCUGGUACGAGGGGCGUACAUCGAACAGGAACGAGCCCGAGCAGCUGCCUUGGGGUACGAGGAUCCUACGAAUCCUUCCUUUGAGGCGACUACUGAAAUGUAUCACAAAACAUUGACCGAAUGUUUGAGAAGAAUUAGAAUUCUCAAAGACGCCGGCGAAGAUCCUAAAAAGAUUGCUAUUAUGGUUGCAUCGCACAAUGAGGAUACGGUUCGGUUUGCAAUUGAGAAAAUGCAGGAAAUCGGUAUCCAUCCAGAAGAUAAGGUGAUUUGCUUUGGUCAGCUGCUUGGAAUGUGCGAUUACAUCACUUUCCCAUUGGGACAAGCUGGCUAUUCAGCUUACAAAUACAUCCCAUACGGACCGGUCAACGAAGUACUACCCUAUCUUUCCCGACGUGCUCAGGAAAAUAAGGGUGUACUGCAGAAGAUUAAGAAGGAAAAACGUCUUCUGUUGAGCGAAAUUUUGAAGCGGUUGGCCAAAGGACAGCUGUUCUACAAACCCAAAGGCAACUAUAUACCGAUUUAAGCUUAUACUAGUGAGUACUAGUAGAAAGCACCUGGUAUUUUAUUAGAUGAAUAAUGAAAGUUGAAAUUAACGUCCACUCUCAAAGACAUACCCAAACCGGACACACUCACGUAGUAAAAGAAAAAAACAAUUACCGCAAGUUCCACACGAUUCAGUCUCUUGUCCACGGAGCUAACCCAUGAAAUUGAACGUGUGUUGUGAAUGUGCUAUUAUUAGUUGUACUAAGACCUAUCGAGCUGGUUUGUAUUUUUUCCUAAACGGUCAGUUGAGAACAAAAGCCAGUAAAGAAAGAUUCGGACAUCAACGAACAGGCUCAAAAACCAAAACGAAUACGUACUAUGCCUAGUUGAUAAAGUUUGGUUACCUUGCCUGUGGAAAGACAAUGCCGAGCAGAAAAGAAGACUUUUCGAUUCUGCAAUAAGAAAUAAGGCGAAAGUUAUGGUAUUUUUCGAAACCAAGCAUGCUCACCCUCUCAUAAAAUAGAAGUAAUAGGCAUGGAUCCCGUAGCAGUAAAGUACGGGCAUCUGUUCAGCUGUCUGAAAAGAAAUUGUCUGCUUCUAGUGAGAUAGACCGAUUAUUUGUGAUUGUAAUUUUAGUGGCAUAUACGAAACGAGGCGAGUAAUUAUAAAAUAAAUUUUAUUUGUCGAUCGAAAUCAGUCUGUUUGCGCUCCCAACGUAAGUGUGUACCAAGAAAAAUGACAUGGUUUUCCUUUAAAAAUUGUCCCCUUAGUAAGAAGACUAGACUUUUCGUUACCAUAACCAUCACUGCGUAACCGUAAAUAGUAACGGAAACAACAAAAAGAUACGCUAAAAUAAGUUGCGUACUCAAAGAAAGAAGUACAGAAAUUGUCUCAGGUCAACUAACACGUGUAGUAGGAGAAGAUGUCAGAAAAUAACAAAAUCAAUGUCCCCAAUAUCAACCGAGAGCAAGUGAAUGCGCUAACUCAAGUGGAAAUACCUAUACAUCACGCCCUGAAUGUUAAAAUGUGAAUCUCGACAAGAAUCUCUUAGUGUUAAAUUACCUUAAAUCACUCUAAUGGGAAAAAGGGCGUCAGACUUACGUCGGUGAGCCAUACAACAUUUUUUCGCAAACUUUUUCUUGGUCAUAAAACUGAAGGAAUAGUUUCCCACAAAAUGUUAAAACACACUUACAUUGUUGAAUUAUUCCUAUAUACCCACAAAAGGCUGUUUCAAAUUACAUAUUGGUGGAGAAAAAAAAAUUUUUGAAUAAAAAAAUGAACGCACCCGAAACGACAUUGACUACAAUUCAAAUAUUGACAAUAACGAAGUGAAACGGAAACUCAUAAAACUGCUAAAAACACAAAUAUAUCAUAAAUGCAAAUUCUAUAAUCGAUGGUUGAUAUCAUAGGCAUGUGUAACGUAUACAUUGUAGGAUACCGAUCAGACAUUAGGAAAUUAAACUGUUGAACGAAAAAAGCAAGAAAGAUUACUCUCUCUACAUUCAUUGUUCGUGAAAAUCUUACUUUUAUUGUAAGUUGAUGUGCUGGAAAAAUCGGCAAACGAAAUCAAGAAGAACAAUUAUUAAUUAUGGAAAAUCAUUGAAUAAAGCAUGAAAAGCAUAAGUAAAGCUAAACGGCCGUAACCUAAUUGACGCUACCGUUCAAUAGUCGAGGAAAAGUGAUGCCGCCCGUGCAUCUGGUGCGGAUUUUGAGCCGUAGUUGAGUUUCAAACUAUUCUAACUGUAAGCUGUGUAAAAUAUUUAAAUCAAAAAUAAACACAAUG